CCGGCCCCCGCCCGCCUGCCCGCCCUCGGGCCGCGCCGUGAAUGCGGGAUGAGCGAUCAGAAGAAGGAGGAGGACGAAGAGGUCCCCCCUUCAGCUGCAGUGGCUGGGGCAGCCGGCGGGGCUGCCAUGGCCCCCGAAGGAGGGAAGGCUUCGGAGCCGGAGAACAACAACAAAAAAGCCAAAACUGCGGGUUCCCAGGACUCUCAGCCUUCUCCUCUGGCUCUCCUGGCAGCCACUUGCAGCAAAAUAGGGACUCCUGGUGAAAAUCAGGCCUCCGGGCAACAGCAGAUUCUCAUCGAUCCGAGCCAGGGGCUGGUCCAGCUUCAGAAUCAGCCCCAGCAGCUGGAGCUGGUGACCACGCAACUCACAGGAAACGCUUGGCAACUUGUUACCGCUACACCGCCCUCUUCGAAGGAGAAUACCGUUUCCCAGGCAGCCUCCAGUUCGGCCAGCUCAGCCAGCAGCACCAAUGAGAGCAGCUCCCCCACCAAGGCCAAGCCCGGCCAACCUUCCCCCUCCGGACAGUUUCAGGUCAUACAGGUCCAGAACCCCAGCGGAAAUGUCCAGUACCAAGUGAUCCCACAGCUGCAGGCUGUGGAAGGUCAGCAGAUCCAGAUCAACCCGGGCAGUGCUGCGUCUCUGCAGGACCUGCAGGGUCAAAUCCAGCUCAUUCCUGCAGGUAAUAACCAAGCGAUCCUCACAGCUGCUAACAGGACAGCUUCUGGCAAUAUUCUGGCCCCAAACCUGGCAAACCAGACGGUCCCAGUCCAGAUCCGGCCUGGGGUCUCCAUACCAUUGCAAUUACAGACUAUUCCCGGCACUCAGGCUCAGGUUGUGACAACUUUACCCAUCAACAUAGGAGGAGUGACUUUGGCCUUGCCCGUGAUCAACAAUGUGGCUGCUGGUGGAGGGUCUGGACAGAUAGGCCAGUCUGCUGCUGAUGGUGGAACAGCCAAUGGAAGUCAGCUAGUGUCCACCCCCACCCCCACGCCCCCUACCACCACUGCCUCUGCCAGCAGCACUAUGCCCGAGUCCCCCUCCUCUUCCUCUGCGGCCUGCACAUCCUCUGCUUCGACAACUCUGACCAGCAGCGACCCAUUAGUGAGCUCAGUGGACUCGGGCCAGUAUGUGAGCGCCGGAGCCACUGCUGGCAGUUCCGAGCGGGCCCUUGAAGAAUCUCAGACCCCUGCCCCAGAAGUCGAAGCCCAGAACUCUGGCCAGCUCCAGCCCAACGGUCUUCAGACCGUACAGCCUCAGGAGCAGGCCAACUCCCUCCAGCAAGUCCAGAUCGUAGGCCAGCCCAUCUUGCAGCAGAUCCAGAUCCAGCAGCCUCAGCAGCAGAUCAUUCAGGCCAUACCGCCCCAGUCAUUUCAGCUCCAGUCAGGACAGACUCUGCAGACCAUCCAGCAGCAGCCUCUGCAGAAUGUCCAGCUUCAGGCUGUAAGUCCAACCCAGGUGCUUAUCAGAGCACCGACCUUAACCCCGUCAGGGCAGAUCAGUUGGCAAACUGUGCAGGUUCAGAAUAUUCAGAGCCUUCCCAAUUUGCAAGUUCAGAAUGCCGGCUUACCCCAGCAACUCACCAUCACCCCAGUGUCUUCAAGUGGUGGCACAGCUCUUGCCCAGAUUGCCCCAGUGGCAGUGGCUGGGGCCCCAAUAACAUUGAACACUGCCCAGCUGGCAUCCGUGCCUAACCUUCAGACGGUGAGCGUGGCCAACCUGGGGGCUGCAGGUGUCCAAGUGCAGGGAGUUCCAGUGACAAUCACUAGUGUGGCCGGUCAGCAGCAAGGCCAGGAUGGCGUGAAAGUGCAGCAGGCGACCAUUGCCCCAGUGACAGUGGCUGUUGGAGGCCUCGCCAACGCCACAUUAGGUGCUGUCAGUCCUGACCAGAUCACACAGCUGCAGCAAGCCCAGCAGACGUCAGAGCAGGAGGUCCAGCCUGGGAAGAGACUGCGGAGAGUAGCCUGCUCCUGCCCCAACUGCCGAGAAGGAGAAGGAAGAGGCACGAAUGAGCCAGGAAAAAAGAAGCAGCACAUCUGUCACAUUGAAGGCUGUGGGAAAGUUUAUGGCAAAACCUCCCACCUGCGGGCCCACCUGCGCUGGCACACCGGGGAGAGGCCCUUUGUGUGCAACUGGAUCUUCUGUGGCAAGAGGUUCACUCGGAGCGAUGAGCUGCAGAGGCACCGGAGGACCCACACAGGUGAAAAGAGAUUUGAGUGCCCAGAAUGUUCUAAGAGAUUUAUGCGGAGCGACCAUCUCUCCAAACAUGUCAAAACUCAUCAGAAUAAGAAAGGCGGUGGCACAGCCCUGGCCAUUGUGACCUCUGGGGAGCUGGACGCCUCUGUGACUGAGGUGCUCGGCUCCCCGAGAAUUGUGACAGUUGCAUCCAUUUCGCAAGAUUCUAACCCAGCAACUCCUAAUGUUUCAACCAACAUGGAGGAGUUCUGAAAGAGGAUUUACACAGAGAUGUCGAGGGCUGCACUUCAGUUUACACACCUUUCAAGAUACGGAAAUGGGCCGGUAAAGUGGAUUAUGGAAUAGGAAAUCAUGUUUUCAUGCUUGGCUUCUUUAAAAAAAAAAUAUCAAGUUUUAGGGUCAGCACAGGAAGUGUAUGCAGGUGCAUCGAGACACUUUUCAAAAAUACAAAAUUCAAAUUGAUAUUCUGGAAAAGAUAUGUUGGAAAAAACAUUUCCACCAUACUGUACUUUUUGGUUAUUUGGAACUGUUAUCACGUAAAUUUUUAAAAGGAAACUUUCCCCUCUUUUAACAUUGUAUGUUAAUAUGUUUAUAAAGACAGACCUCAAUAGUUUGUAGGCUGGACCUUAACUGGACUUGUUUUCAUUUGGAUGUACUUUGUUAUAAAUUCAAUCAGUAAUGUUUUACAUACGUUUCCUUUCCUUUAUGGCACUGGAAAAGAUAGGGAUAUUGCUGUAUUUCCUUAGUUUGAUUCCUGUAAGCAAACUGAAAAUAGUUUUGGCCGUCUUUUCUCAGCUUAGAGAUUCCUCAAAAACUGAAUUAGGUGAGUGCUGUCAAAGUAAUCUGAGGAAUAUCUCAGAGAAUUAUGACCACUACAUUAUAGUAGUGUGGACUCAGACAAUCAGGGAACUCCAAUUAAUUUCUCCAUUUGGAGACAUAAGAGGAAUUUAAAACUGAAUCUUUGGUUCAACUUUAGAAAAUACUAAAAAGGUUUUACGGAACUCAUAAUGUCUUUAAAAAAAUAAAAUGUGGCAAUUUAGAUGUAAAGGUUUAGAGUUAGAAUUCAUGGGUUUCUAAGCCUGGUUUUGAUCACAGCAUUGAUUUUACUGUUUCUGUUGGAAAUUGUUUAGAUAGAGUUGUUGUUACCUACCUGAGUGGUGUAAGUCAUUCUGUAGUUUCAUAUUCUGUAAAUAUAAGUUAUGUUGAUGUUGUGCAGAAUUCUUUAUACUUUUACUCGGUAGCCAAAGAAAAGUAUGGAUUAUCCCUUUUGUUAAAGGCCAGCAGAAAAUCUAUUAGCUACAUUGUAACUUUCUUUUACCUCUUCUGAAAAUUGGCCAGCUACAUUUAAUUCCAAGUAGUCGGUUAAGCAUUUCAUAAGGAAUUUAAUAUUUAUAUUUCUUCAUAUUAUGUUAAUAGCUAAACCUUCAUAAGACAACCUGAGAAGUAGGCUAAAUUUAAAAAUAGAAAUCAAAUCAAUAUAACUAUAAAGAAAAAGUAAAGUUCAUGACAUCUUUUCUGUAAGUCUGCCACCACUGAUCAGGACGGAUGGCCAAAAGUUUCAUGUGAAGAUUUUUAGAUUGUAGCAACAGUAGUUUAAGCAUUGGUUCUUUACUUUUUUUUAAGAUUUGCACAGAAAAUAAUUAAUGAAACUGAUCAUUUUAUAUAGGGUAACUUUUUUCCCUGAAUAGUUUAUUAAAAAUUGGAAAUUCGGGGACUCUUUAAUAUAGAUAACUGUUGUCUUGUGCAUUUUUCUCUUUCAGAAAAAAAAUGUACUUCUCAUGUGAGUUCUCUUCCAAACUCAGUUGUAUUUCAUGUAUUUUUGAAGAAGGAAAAAUACUGUCCUGAUCAUUGUUUACACUGUGUCCACUUGAGGCCAGCCCUUUGUAGCGUUCUAUAAAGCUGAAGGUCUUUUGUGCUUUCAGUUUGCAUAAAAAGCUUUGAGAUUAAAGGAAAAACAAUUUUACACUGUGCUUAUAAAUUUCAAGUUUCUUAAAGCUUUUGUAGACUUGUAACAGAGUCUUUAAAUUUUAGUUGGGUUUUAUACAUUGUUUUGUAUAUUUUAUUUAAUGUACUCUUUACUGAUCGAUGUAUCUGGCUUUAAAGCCUCCACAGCAGGCAGAUGUUUUAUUUAGGACGGUGAACCCUCGCUGUAGUGCUUGUCGUUUCUCUGCUUACAUAGGAACUGAAACAACCAAUCCAUCUCUUUUAUCUGUCCUUAUGCUACACAAUCAGUGCUACACAUUUCUUUAUGCAAAGAAACAUUCUUAAUGUUUUAAUCAUGUUUCCUCACAGCAACAUGUUUCUGUUAAAGGAAGUAUGGGCAUUCUGCAGCAUUAUUCCAUAGCCCCCUGCUUAUGCCUAUCUAUGGAUGGGUGUGGAUCAGAAAUGGAAGUUAUUUUUUUAAUCAGCAAUGAGGCCUAUUAUAAAUUUAUCCAACUGGAUCUGGAUGGCUUUAUAGCAUAGACAGUAUAUUAACAUGUGUUAGCAGGUGCACAUUUCACCCCUGGAAUUAGACACAUUCUGACGGUCU